UUACAUGGUGAUUUGAUGAACUUAUCAUGCCCCAAAGUCAUAUUCUUUCGCAAUUUGUUUAGUAACCUGCAUUCCUUUUUGAUGCUGCAUAUGGAAAUGCAUGCUAAGACUUCACUACAUGCCUUUUGGUUAGCUCCAACUUGCAGAAAAAUUUCAUGUCCAUUUAUGUUGAAUCCAUCAUUAAUCUAGAAAUGGGCAUAACAACUUUAUGAUCUCGGCAAAAAACUUCAUGGUGUUAGCUUAUAGUUGUGUUUAUAUUAUCUGAUAGGAAAAUAGUCGCUUCAACUAUUUAAUUUUUCCCCAUAUGACAUAACCAACUAUUUUCUAUUACUGACACUAUUGUUUGUUUACUGGUAUGCGGGGUUGUUUUACUAUAAUCUGCACCAUGAUCACCACCUUUCUUUGAUCUUCUUUUUCUUCAGAAAUAGGGCCUGAGGAAACUAGAUCAUCUAUAUAACAAUCAUGAUGUCAAAUUCUGAUAUCUUUCAUGCUGCAUGCAAAUGAAACUUGAUGAAUUGAUUAUAAUCAACUCUAAUGGCAAAAUUAGUUGUUUUAGGAUUGUUUGUUGUAGAAAAAUGUCCACCGCACUAAUGUCGCACUGUGAGCAGUAGAUGCCUAUCAGAGUUUGAACUCCUCACAGAACUGAAGGUGAAACUAGGUUUUGGGUUCUGUUGGGUAGACGAUGAGGGUAGAGGGAAGAUGGUGUCGUUGCGGCAUUGCCACCUCAUUAUUUACGAUAGGUGAGACGAACACAAGAUUAGCAGUGUUGGAGAAGAUGAGCAAACUACGUUAAGUGGAGCUUGUCAACUGUUGUGCACAGUGAGACCUCGAUAACAAAUCCGGGGGGAUGAGACAGGAGGAAGAUACUUGUCGGUUGGGAUUGAGAAGGAGAUUCAUAGUGAUGCGAGUAAGAACAAGGUUGUCUUUCGAGAGGGUAAAAGUAGGCUGAAUUCACACACCAGAAGGGCAACAUUUACAUAUUUUCUUAUUAUUUAAUAUAUACUAUCCUGGCAUGUUUGCUAGUAUAUAUACUGGUAGGAACCAUGUCCAGUUACUAAUCUUUUUGUAUAUUCUGUCUUUUGCCAUGGACUUGAAGGUUUGCAAGAUGGGGAAGACAACAAAGUCACCUCCUGCGGCCGAGCUUCUCGACGAGCUUGUUUUUGAGAUCCUCCUCCGGCUGCCCGUCAAGUCCCUCCUGCGGUUCAAGUGUGUGAGCAAGGUGUGGCAUGCAAUCAUCUCCGACCCCUUCUUCAUCCGUGCGCACCUCCGGCAAUCUGCCUCCAGAUGGAGGAAGGACCCUUCACUGCUUGUCACCCCUCACGCUUUGAACUACGUCAUCGAGGACGAGGCUUGGCCGACCACCUUCUCCAACGAGAUCCGAUUCUAUCAGUGGCCGCAACAGCCCUCCUCCUCAGAGGAGGAGGAGCCCCAAGAGGCGAGGCUCCUCAUGCACGGCGGCAACUUCCUCGGCGAGUUCAACUCCGUGUGCUCCUUCGCGCACUGCGACGGCCUGGUGGUCGCCCCCACCAACACUAACGUCUAUCUCUUCAACCCGGCGACCAGGCACACCAUGACGCUGCCGUACAGCAGGCGCAACAAGAUGCACCGGUACCAGGUCUGCCUCCCCGUAGGCCUCGGCCGGGACCCUCGCACCGGCUGCCACAAGGUGGUCCGGGCCUUCUACCGCUCCAGGGAUCCUAGCACUGGCAUCUACGCCAUGGGGAUGGAGGUCUUCACCGUCGGCGAUGCUUCCGCUUCCUGGAGGGAAACCACGGCCGAUCCGCCGUACCCUGUCGCGGAUUGGAUCACGGCCGUGUUCGCCAAUGGGGCCCUGUUCUGGGUCAUCGAGAAGCGUGGUCUCGAUCCGAGCCUGCACAGCCUCCUCCGCCUCAGCCUGGACGACGAGACCUUCAGCGUCACGCGCCUGCCUGACUCGCUGGACCCUGCGCUUGUCGAGUCCUACUCCUUCAUGCUGGACGAGAUGCACGGCGAGCUAUGCCUGACCGCCUUCAGCAGCAGCAAGCCGGCCGAGCAGCAGCCCCUCAAGAUCUGGACGCUGGUGGAAGAAGACGGGCGAUGGGAGCACCGCUACUCCCUCACCAUUUCGGGGCUGGUGCACCCGAUGGCUCUUCUCCCCGGCGGCGGCGCCAUGAUUGUACAGCGGUCACAGUACAUCUGCCGAUACGAUCUGCAGACGCAUGAGCUGGACACCGUGUGCGAGCUGGAUCGCCAGAGGUACAAGAGCACGGGCACGUUCAAGGCUGCUGCUAGGCGGGAAAUCGUUUACUUCAAUGUAAUACCAUACACUGAGAGCCUGGUCCGAAUUACUGCUGCUGCUUAGCAGAGUUAAGGCCACUAAUCAAACCGCACUUGCGCAAUUCUAUUCAUUCGUUGUUCUGGCUCUUGUUGUGGUGUUGAAGUGUAUGUGUUUUGACUCUCUCAAAGAAGAUAUAAAAGAGCUAUUCUGGAGCAUGUUUCA